GGACAUUGGCUGGUGUCCUCUACAGCUUAGCUCUGAGAAGCGGUUGGACGGUGGGGUAGUUAGUCCUCUUCUACGCUGGGAAGGUAAAGUGGUGGAGGGAAGCCAGGGAAGUGCCAAGAAAGCACCUAAGAGCCAGGAGAAGGGACUGCCAUGGCUCCCCAGGGAGAGCCCAUGGGGCUGGCAGUCUGGCCCUUUGUGAGAGCACUAAGAAGAGGCCAGGGGACCUGGGUAUGAGGUGGGUGGAUGCUGGCAUUGCCCAAGGAGCCUGGCAUGGCUCUGGCAUUGUUAGGAAUGGGGGACGGUGGCAGUGCCUCUUGCCAAUCUGGUUAAGAGGGUUGUGCCAGAAGUGAGACGAGAGGAGGCGAGGUGUGUGCGCGCGCGUGUGCGUGUGAGUGUGUGUGUGUGUGUGUGUGUGUGUGUGUGUGUGACUUUUUUCUGCCAGGACCUCCUUCCCAUUCCCUCUUAGGCAUGGGGAGUGGGGCGACAGAAGGAGAGUGACGUGAGGACACAAAGGAGGAAGUGCGCCAUUGCCAAGACCCCCAAGGAAGAAGGAUGGAGAAGCUGGCAGUCCUGCCUGGCCCCCAGCCAGUUCCCGCUGAAGAUGGCCAGACCCUCUUGCCCGGUAGUAAUGGCCCAGGGAUUGAUUGAGGUGGAGCGAAAGUUCGUUACUGGGCCUGAAACAGAAGGACGGCUGCAGGAGUUGGGGGGCACCCUGGAGCACCGGGUCACCUUCCGAGACAUCUACUAUGACACCCCUGAGCUGAACCUCAUGCGGACCGACUACUGGCUGCGACAGCGAGAAAACAGUGGUUGGGAGCUCAAAAUUCCCGGAAUGGCAGGUGUCUCUGGACCCCACAAUGUGUACUUGGAACUCACAGCUGAGCCUGAAAUUGUGGCCCAGCUCUAUAAGGUGCUGGGUGCUGAAGUCCUGGGGGCUGAAGGUGUGGCUGCUGUGCUGGGGCCACUAGGUCUGCAGGAAGUAGCUAGUUAUGUGACUAAUCGUAGUGUCUGGAAACUGGUGCUUUCCAGAGCUGAUCAAGAGGAGCUUCCGCUCAGGGUGGACCUGGACACAGCCGACUUCGGCUAUGCGGUGGGUGAAGUAGAGGCCCUGGUGCACAAGGAGGCCGAAGUCCCAGCGGCCCUAGAGAAGAUCAACAAGCUCAGCAGCAUGCUUGGUGUGUUGGCACAGGAGAGUGCACCCUCCAAGCUGAUCGUGUACCUACAGCGUUUCCGGCCUCAGGACUACCAGUGCCUGCUAGAAGUAUACGGCUCCAGAGAGAAGCCGGAGGGGACUAAUGAUGCUGACAGUGGCCUGGGCUAAGGUGUCACUUCCUCAACAACAGAGAAGAGAACUCUGAGCCUAAUGGCGUUCAUUCCUUUUCUCACUUGCCUGUUCUCCUGGCUUCCCUUUCCACCGUGACUCCUCUCACCAGCUCUGCCUGUUCCUUCACGCUACCCUCAGUUAUCCUGUGGAGCCCUCCCAGGCUGCCUCCUCUCCCUCAUCCGUCAGAUGCAAUCUGUGGGCCGCCCCUCUCCCCUGGCCGCUAAGCAGCCUCCAUUGAUUUCCGCUCGUGUUUAUAGGAUUUCCACUUAGCCGUGAUCAGUAGUUAAGCACAGGAAAAUCCCUUGCCACCCCCCUUCCCUUGGUCGAUGCCAUUGAUUCUGCCAGCGGCUCCUAAACCACCUUACAGCUGAGUUAGAGAUGAGGGGAGGCAGCAGGGAUUUCCCUGCCUGGGGGCGUUGGGGAGUAGCGGCAGGUUGGGGAAAAGGGUGGGAAUCCCUAUUGGAAAUCUAGAAAUUCUGGUUUGAUUUUGCCACUGUGCCCUGCUCUGGCCCAAAGGGUAAAGUGCCUCUGUAGGGUCAAAUGUGUUCCCGAGCCAGAAAGAAAACGCUUCUUUGUUGAAACCGAUUCCAAGGGUACAUACUUCCGGUUAAGACUUUUUCUUUGCUGUUAUUCAUAUAUUUUCUACUUCAAAUAUAUACAAAUAUAACUCAC